UCUCUCCCGGUGAAGUGAAGGUGAAGGGGGGCGCGGAGGGCUCUCCUCGCCAUGGCCUUCACCUUCGCCGCCUUCUGCUACAUGCUGUCGCUGGUGCUCUGCGCCGCCCUCAUCUUCUUCGCCAUCUGGCACAUAAUUGCCUUCGAUGAACUUCGGACAGACUUCAAGAGCCCAGUCGAUCAGUGCAACCCAGCCCACGCAAGAGAACGGCUGAGAAAUAUUGAGCGGAUUUGCUUCCUCCUGCGAAAGCUGGUCUUGCCAGAGUACUCUAUCCACAGUCUUUUCUGCAUAAUGUUUUUAUGCGCUCAGGAGUGGCUCACACUGGGGUUAAAUGUUCCUUUGCUUUUUUAUCACUUCUGGAGGUAUUUUCGUUGCCCAGCAGAUAGUUCAGAGCUAGCCUAUGAUCCACCUGCAGUCAUGAAUGCAGAUACCUUGAGUUACUGCCAAAAAGAGGCCUGGUGUAAGCUGGCUUUCUAUCUCCUUUCCUUCUUCUACUAUCUCUACUGCAUGAUCUACACUCUGGUGAGCUCUUAACUGAAAGGUCAUUGUUAAAGACUGAAAACAACAAAGGCUGGAACUGCAAGGACAAGUGAACCAAGUGAUGCAUGAUUAAAAAAGCAACGAGAAAAACUUUGAACCCAAACAGUAAAUAGAGCAUGUGAAAGAGAGAUCCAGAGAGAAGAAGCAGACAACCAUGGGAGAUUGGCUGAGUUAGUUGUUUUUAUCUCCUGUUGCUCAAUGUAGUGCAGUAAAUGACUUUCAAAACCGAAGCAAACAAAGAAAAUGCAACACGGGCCAAGUUACACAGCUAUUCACCUGUCCAGGGAUAAUGCUGCUUGGUUUAGUGGAUUCAUUAUAAACUAGAGUCCCUACUGUCUUCCAGGGAGCAAAGUUUCUUUUCUUAAGGACUAUUCUGGACUGAGAAAGCAAAAGAUAAGAUAAUCUUACACAGAAAGAAGACCCAUACAACACCUUCUGAAUAUGGGCACUGAGUCGAUAUCGGAUAAGAUAAAUGACUGUCCUGAAGGGAUAUUCACAUGAUACUAAGCAAACAAGGAUGUCAAAUUACUUGGACCUCUUUCAGUGGCUUUGUUUGGGUUUUUUUUCCACCAAAAUGACAAUGACAAAAGACUUUGCAGCUGCAAUAUUCCGUUUUCUGAUUAUAUGCUAUUCCUGCUGGUGAACACCCAGUAUGUUUCUGUACUUCAUUUGUGAUAUGCCAAUAACAUACAGUGAUAUGUAUAAAUACGUUGGGCUUGACCUGAUUGUCCCAAGCACUUAUCAGAAUAGUGUUCCUCUGACUGCAAAGAAAAUCCAAGGUAAAAGCUGCAUAUAUCACAGAGGGUUUUAAGAUAGGUAUUAUAUGCAUCACAGCGCUGGAUAACAAAUACUGGACCAGCUAAUCGUGGUCUGUAAUUCUGUUUUGCAGCUUUAUUUCUGCUGUAAAAUUUAAGCCGUAACAAAUACACAAAGUGUUUUUGUCCUGUAUGACAUUCGUAUUGGAAGUUGUCCAUUUUUUUAUAAUUUAAAAGUUUUAAAAUUUUAUCAUAUAAGUCUCAUUUAAAUUCAUAUUGAUGGGCUGUAUGUCUUUAUAUGUAUAUACAAAUACACAUCUACAUAAAUACUCAAAGUCUGUUUACAUUUUAGGUUAAUCUAUCAAGAUCAAAGGCGUCAAGUGUCCAGAACUGCUGCUAAAUGUAUUUCAGCACUGAACCUAGUGAACCUGGGCUCGUUCCCUCAAAAUCCCUGGUGCUCUGGGUAGUAGGCAAGCAAGACUAACACCAGUGCAUGCACAGACAGUGCUUGGAUCUUGCACUGGGAAUCAGCUGACAGUUGGGUAUGCUGCUAACAGAGAUGUGGCAGAGAACAGCGCUGAGAGGCCCAUCUGUACCCCAGCUUGUUUACAGCUGGUCUUGUUAGCACUAGCUCACUGUCGACCCAGCCAAAUUUUGUCUGGCUACUGAGAGACAGUUUCUCUAUCCAAACUCUGAGACCUUUUUUGUCUGGACACAGGACUUCAGCA